CACGAUGGAGUGCGAAGACCCAGGGAUUGUGGAGAUCCACGACUCGGACGAUGGAGGGAUCGUGAGGCGAGUCUACAUAGCUGAUAGAGAUGUAGCGAGUGAGGGCGAAGAUUUCCUGGAGCAUGAGCUCAGGCAGCCCAGCUGGAAGGGAGGUUCACAGCAGGAUGGGUCCGAAGCGGAACAGCAACGGAGCCCGCUACUGCCUGGUAGCUAUGACGACAGUGAAGUGGCGGUCGCGACCUCGGUGGUCCCGCAUUCCGGCAAACAGCGCCCGUUCAUCUGCAACGAGUGUGGCAAGAGCUUCAGCCACUGGUCGAAACUUCUGCGGCAUCAGCGUACUCACACCGGGGAGCGCCCCAGCACCUGCUCUGACUGUGGCAAGAGCUUCUCGCAGAACUCGCACCUGGUGCAGCACAGGCGCACCCACACGGGGGAAAAGCCCUAUGUAUGCCGUGACUGCGGCAAGAGCUUCAGCUGGAGCUCCAAUCUGAUCCAGCACCAGCGCAUCCAUACGGGAGAGCGUCCGUACACCUGCGGGGACUGCGGCCGCAGCUUUACUCAGAGCAAGAACCUAGCUAAGCACCGGAGGACGCACACGGGGGCACGGCCGUUCCGCUGUCCUGAGUGUGGCCGUGGCUUUGCGCACACCGCCGGUUUGGUGAAGCACCAGCGCCUGCGCCACGACAGUGACUCCCCCAUUGGUCACCCUUGCCCAGAAUGCGGGCAGCGCUUCCGGGCCCCUUCCGAGGUGGAACGCCACCGUGUCGCCCACCACGGCGUCGCCCCCUCUGAGCCCUUCAUCUGCGUGGAGUGCGGAGAGUGUUUCGCCAAGAGUACCACGCUUGUCCGCCACAAGAGAGUGCACAAGCCGAUCUUUGUACAUUGACCUCUGGCUCCUGCGGGAUGGGAAACGAUGACCGCAUGGCCAGGCUUGUAGUCUGGAGUUUUCAGAUUGUGAU